UUUUCGAUCACGGUGACUGAAGGCCAGUUGUCUUUUACAAAACUACGCUGCAUAAGAAAAGUGUAUGAAGGAGUUAACAGUCUGAAAGUAGUACCUUAAUGUUCAUUACCUACUGAACCAAAAGUAGAGUCAAAAAAGAGAAAUUAUUAUCGACCUACAAAUUCAACAGCUAAAUUUUUAAAAAUGUUGAAUAGAAAAAAUGCUGUGUUUUCUCGACGGGUUUGCUUUACUUACACCUGCCGUUGAGUAAUUCGACUAACGCGUGAUUUUAAUUUUGAACAGGACAUUUUCUUGAGGAAGAACUGUUGCAAUUCAGUAUCAAAUUCCGGUGUGGUUUGUAGUGUGCUAAUGACAACUAAGGGCGGGGGGACAGCAGGCGGAGAACUAUAACACAAUGUCGUGAUUAACUUUAAGAUUUACUUGUACUUUGCACUAUUUUUAUUGGAAUAAACUGGAUAUAUGUAAAUGAUAGAAUUUACAACCGUAUUCUGUAAAAAGAGAAACUGAACAUGGAGCACAUGACAGACAUGGAUACUCAUUUUUCGGAGAUUCUCGACGAGUUUAUGAGAAGUGCACUUGUUAUCUGGGUGCAUCUGUUUGACAAUGUAGUUGAUGGCGAAGGGGAUGGGCCGCUCGCCACACAAUACCUGGAGGUGAACUCCAGUUCCCAGCAUCCGCAGCACAAGUAUCUGCGUCUCACCAAUGGAAUUUUCCUGAACGAGGUCAUGAGAGUAAUUGAUCCAAACCCAAAAGUGGAACAAAUUUGCAGAAAUGAGAACAAUGAUGAGGUCCUGAGGGUUCAAAAUUUUUCUGUCCUGAACCGACACCUGAGGUCCUACUAUCAGGAAGACCUCCAGCAGUUGCUUCUGAUGCCCCUACCAAACGUGGCAGUUUUGGGUCGAGACCCUCUCACAGAAGCAGCUGUGGAAGAGCUCAGGAAGCUGCUGCUGCUGUUGCUUGGCUGCGCUGUACAGUGUGAGAGGAAAGAGGAGUUCAUACAGCAAAUACAAUCUCUUGACAUCGAGACUCAAGCUGCUAUCGCCACCUGUAUUCAGGAGGUUACUCAGGACCCCUGCAAUGUGCUGCCCCGCCAGUGGGGGGAGCUCAGUACGGUGGAGGGGGCUGAGCUGCAGGGGCUUUUCAACACCAUGGCGCAGCACAUCCAGGCUCUGCUGUUCCAGAGGGAUUCACACCUCGAGAGGAUAGCCGAGCUGUAUCAGCAGCAGGAUCUGGUGGACAGGUCCCCGUCCCCGAGCGCCUACCUGGACACGCCGCAGGGCCUGGCCGUGCAGCUGGCCGACAGCCGGGCCAAGCUGCGGCGAAUGAGACAGGAGCUGGAAGAAAGGAGUGAUCAGUUACUGGAUUACAAGCAGGAAAUGCAAACCAUGGAGGUGGAGCUCAGAAAACUUCGACAAGAGAACCGCACCCUGCACGGUGAGGCGCGUGCGGCGCGGAACCUCCGCGACGAGCUGGACUGCCUGCGCGAGCGUGCGGCCAAGGCCGACCGGCUGCAGUCGGAGCUGCAGAGCUGCGCCCACCGCCUGCGCAGCCUGGACCUGUACCGCACGCAGCUGCAGGAGCAGCAGCAGUACUGCGCCACGCUGCAGGAGACGCGGGCCUUGCUGGAGGAGCAGCUGGGGGAGGUGCGAGCGCGGUGCUCCAGCCUCAGGGAGCUGGAGAGGGACAACCUGCUGCUCCGACAGAGAGUCAUCGACCUGGAGGGGGAGCGGGAUACAGAGAGGCAGCGGGUUGACGAGCUUCUGGAGGAGAACAUGAGUCUGGAGGUUGAGCUGAAGCACAGCUUGGGAGAAGCCCGGAAUCUUCACCACUCAGGGCUGGAUUCUGAAGAUGAGUUGAGCCGGGAAACAGACUUCAAGCCCCUCAGUGUUGAGGUCAGUGAGGCAUCGUCAUGGAGACUGCUGGGAGCUGAGAAUGAGAAUGCAGAACUGCGCAGACGGCUGGAGCAGCUGCAGGCUGAGAGGGAGGACUGUGCAGACGGGGAUGGCACCACACAGCUGGAUCUGGCUGAAUUGCUGGAGGAGAGGGAGAAACUGAAAGAAGAGCUGCGCAGACAGACGGAAGCGUGGACGAGCCUGGAGGCGGAGAACCAGGAGGCGCUGAAGGAGCUCCAGAACAUGAAGAAUGAGAACUCCAGACUCAGAAGCUGCCUGGAAUUAGUGAGAAAGGAACAACAACAGUGUGAAGAGAAAAGAGAGGUUUCAUCAAAGGAAGAGAGGAGCGGUGGGGAGGCCAAGGAGGCAGAGGCGCAGAGAGAAGAGGGGGAGGGAGGGAGGGAGGCGAAGAAAAAAGGGAUCACGGGAGGGAAAGAGAGAAAGGAACUGGAGGGAAAGAGAGGGAUGGGUCAGAUUAGAACUGAGAGAGAAGAAGGAGAGGGAGAGGAGAUAUUCAAUCUGAAGGAGAGAGAGGACAAGUUAAAAACAACGGGAAACGAUGAAGAGGUAAAAGAGAAAGAGGCCUCGACCGAGAGGGAGGAUGGUGAAGGAGAGAAAGAGACACGCAGAAUAGAGAUGCUGAAAGAGAAGGAAGAGGUUGAUGGCAAAAGAAGAACAGAGGAGGUGCUGAGGACGAGAGAAAGCAGAGAAUGGGGCGAGGGGACAGGGGGAGAGAAACUGAGAGAGAGGGAGAAAACAGAGGGAGAGGAGGAAAAGGAGACGGAGGUGUGCAAAGACACCGGAGAAGAUCCGGAAAAGACCCAGCUGGACACGGACGCCGUUAUGCUGGCCUCCCAGCUGCAGGGGGCGCUGCAGGAGGUGGAGCGGCUGACGCGGGAGUUCGAGAGGCAGGACGGCCUCCUCCAGGAGCUGCGUUCCAAGCUGGCGGAGGAGAGCAGGAGAGCCGCCAGGGCGGAGCAGAAGCUGUGUGCCCUGGAGGAGGAGGCCCUGGGGUUGAGGAGGUCUGCAGAGAGCCUGGGGGAGGCCAGGAAACAGAUGGAGGUUCUGCAGGCGGAGUCUGCGCAGAUGGAGGAGGACCUGGCCCGGCUGCGCAGCCAGACGGAGCUGCAGAGGCUGGAGGGGGCCGUGAUCGCGCAGCUGCAGGGCGAGAGGGCUCAGCUGGAGCGGGAGAAGGACGCCCUCCGCAGCUCCGUGGACACGCUGCGAGUCUCCGCGCGCAAGGGCGACCAGCUGGAGCUGGCCAACCGGACGCUGAAAGCGGAGGUGGAGCGCCUGGGGCGGAGCCUGGAGUCGUCCCGGCGACGGGAGGAGGAGCUGGGGGCGGAGCUGCGGGAGGCGGGGCUGGAGGCGGAGGCCCUCGGGCGGGGGCGGGACCAGGCGGCGCUGGAGGCCGCGCGGCUGGAGCAGGAGAAGGAGGCGCUUCAGAACCAGCUGGACGCCCAGAGCCGGGAGAGCAGGCAGCGGGAGCGGGAGGUGGCCCGGCUGCGGCAGCAGCUGGAGAGCACCGCCUCGGCCCUGGAGCACAGCAACCAGAGGGCCUGCAGCCUGGAGGCCGAAAACAGGCAUAAUUGUCAGGAGCUGUCCCAGCUCCAGGAGGACUGCGCCCAGCUGCGGGAGCAGGAGAGGGAGAACAGGCAGCUGAGCGCGCUGAACAGGGAGGCCCAGUCCCAACUGAGCGCGCUCGCACAGGAGUUGGCCAAUGAGAAGCUGCAGUCCCAGGAACGGGCCAAUGAGGUGGCGAGACUGAGCCAAGAGCUCGAGAGGCUGAAGGCCAAACAAACGGUCACCUCCUCACCGCCUCCGUCCCAAGCGCUCAGAGAAGGAGGGCCGGAGACCGGCACGGCGCCCCUGAUUUCGUCAGGGGGGGUCGGCGGGACCGGCGAGCAGCUGUGCACGGGACCGGCUAAAGACCUGGGCCAGCUCUCAGCCGCCGAGCGCACGGCCCUGCCCGAGCUCACGCAGGACACAGAAAGAGACUCUCAGCCCAGCCGCGCGAGCGCACCGAUUAGCCAGGAGAACAACAGAAACUUACUCAAGGCCGCCAAAGACACUGAACCCAAUGAAGACAGCGGUGCCCACCAGGGCAGGAGCGAAACCCUUCCCACGGCCUCGAACCCGAGCGUGGACGGGAAGGAGUCCGUGAGCGAGAGGCUAAUUGAAGUGGAGCGGCAGAACGCUGCGCUGCAGACAGAGAAGGGCGUGCUGCUCUCGCAGGUGUCGCAGCUGCAGUCGGCGAGCGCGCAGCUGCGGGAGCAGCUGGACAGCCUGCACAGGCACUCGUUUGCGCUGCAGGAGAACUGCGCCAGCCUGCAGACGCUCAACACCAGGCUGCAGACAGAGCAGGCCUCCCUGAGCUCCCAGCAUGCAUCAGUGUGGGCUCGCUGCAGUGAGAGCGAGGCGCGGGCCGCGGCGCUGGAGGCGGAGUCCAAGGUGUGGGCCCGGGACCGGGAGGAAGUGGUGAUGCGGGGCGAGGCCCUGCGGAGGGACCACGAGCGCCUGACCGCCCUGCAGCAGAGGCAGGAGGCCGAGCUCGAGGCCCUGCUCUCCAAACACAGCCAGCUGAAGACAAACUUCCGGAACCUAGAAGCACAGCACCGUGAGCUGGAGGGAAGGUAUCAGGAGCUCUCGGAACGCAGGGCUCAGAUGGAGGAGGGAGAGGAGGCGAACCGGGCGGAGAGAGCGAGGAUGGAGCGAGAGGUGCAGACGCGCACCGAGAGAGAGAGAGAACUGGAGAGGCUGAGAGAGGAGAAUGACAGACUGCACGCCUUGCAGAAGGAGUCCAUGCAGGUCCAAACGGAGCUGUUGGCCCAGGGUUCGGUUCUGAGGGGCGAGCUUAGCUCGGCCCAGCUGGAGCGCACCCGGCUGGAGGGGGAGCUCAGCACGCUGCGGGAGCAGAACCAGCACCUGGACCUCAACAACGCCCGCCUCGCCAGCCAGUACCAGCUGCUGACCCAGCUGAAGGGGAACAUGGAGGAGGAGACCCGGCACCUGGUGGAGCAGAACCAGAGCCUGGCCCGGGAGAACCGGACUCUGCUGGAGCGAAGCCUGGAGAGCCGGGACCAGCACCACCUGCAGCAGAGAGAGUAUCUUGACAAGCUGAACGAGUUGCGGAGAGAGAAACAGAAACUGGUGGAGAAGAUAAUGGAUCAGUAUCGGGUCCUGGAGCCCAACGUUCCCCAGCCUAAUAAAGCCAAGAAGAGCAACUGGAUAGCGGAUCGGAUGAAGAAGCUGAUCAAGCCUCGCGGCGGGAGGGAGGGAAGGGCCCUGUUCGUCGCGCUAGGGAGCAUAGAGAACCUGGCCGAGGCCAGCGACUUGCCGGCAUCAAACGCACAGCAUGACCCCCUGAGUGCACCGGUGUCGCCCUGUCCGCUCCGCAAGGCGUCCAGCGUGGAGUCUGAGGACUCGCCCCGCCUGGCUUUGCGCUCGGCUCGGCGCAAGCUGGGCUCGCGCCACGGCUGGGGCCUGGGGAGGGGAAGGGGAGGGGGGGGCCUCUCGCAGUCCUUCAGUCCCGGGGACCAUCGCCCGUCGCCCCGAGAACGCUACUGCCCCCAGGGGGGCCCCAACGCCAUCUGGGAGGCUGAGGACAGCCCCACGCCUGGCCAGGAGGGACUGAGCGAAGGAGAGAAGGCUGGGUGUGAGGACGGCCUCACAUCAGAGUUGAAGUCUGAACCCAAUCGCCUGUCCUGCGGACCUGAAGAUUGCCUGCCUAGCAGUGGCAAAACCCCACUGACGAAGACGGACAGCCUGCACUCCAUGUGACAGAGUACCCCUCUGGUAUAAACAAAUUUAUAUCAGUCACUGUGUAGAUUUCCGCAAAAAAAAACAUCAAGGCCUAAACCUUCUACUGUACACAAUGGCUCCUUGAGGCUUGUGAUUUACAUCACCGUACCCAUGAAGAUCUGGCUUUCUGCGUCUCAGUUAUUUAUGUUGAGUUCACUAUUCUGACCGUGGCUAAUAAAAAUAUUUUUUAAUAUGUA